CUGUACUACGUCAACCAGAGCCGCAAAGUUCCUCGCUUCUCUUUUCUGGUGUCCAGGAACUGAAUAUCAAACCGGUGAUCGCGGAGUUAUUGGCUCGUUAUGUUUGUCUUUUCUUUUCUCUGUUACCAGUCUUUAUUUUUAAAAGAUCUAGGAGAAGCAGAAGCGAGCCCGGAGUUUAAGGUGCUCGGCAGUGGUGGGUGAGUCAGCGGGUGCUAAGGACUAGGACUUGGUCUUUGGAGACCGUCCCCUCUCCUCCCUGCAGAGAAGCAGGCGGCGCUGCAAGGACUGAAGGUCCGCUCUUCGCCACGCUGGGGCCUCCGCAUCCGCGCAGCAGCUGGAUUCAGAUGAACGAAGCUCUAGGGCCGCUUCGGUCUCAGCAAAUAUUUCAGACCCAUACAACCUCGCCAGAACGCCUAGAAGCUGGAACUAGCAGGAGCCCAUAAUUGGGCGACCAAGCUGAGUGUAACUACUGGCCAGAUGCAGCGCCCAGAUGCCCAGGGUCCCUCCUUUUGAGCUUCGACAGCUGAGCCACACUUAGCUGCUACCCUUUCGGCAAAGACUGGCAAUAUACUUGUGAAUUUCUAAUUUAUCUAUGAAUGCACAGGAUGGAUCAGACCACACAGAAAAGUGAGCUCCUGUAAUCUCUGGGAUUGCAUUCACAGCGUGUCCCCUUGAACCUCUGCUGUAUGCUUAGGGUAGGGAAGGUGUACUCAGCAGUCCAGAGCUUUCCUGGCCAUGUCACCGUUAAUGAUCUGUGACUUAGUGUGGCCCUCUGAGGGUUGCCAGAGCUGCCCAGGGUGGUUUCCAACAGGUGUGUUCUCUCCCUUCCCCAGCCCAACUCAGCUGGCAGGAUUCCCCCAAGCUGAGGUUUUUUGAUUUGGCUUCCUCACUCCCACCUCCGCCCCCCACCAGAGGGUGGCCGUCCAGAGCCGGACCUGGCCCCCCUCCCUGGGACCAUGGUGCUUCUCGCUGAAAAUGUUUCCGAAGGUUCCAACUGCACCCACCCACCAGCACCGGUGAACAUUUCUAAGGCCAUUCUGCUCGGGGUAAUCUUGGGGGGACUCAUCAUAUUCGGAGUGCUGGGGAACAUCUUAGUGAUCCUCUCAGUGGCCUGCCAUCGGCAUCUGCACUCAGUGACUCACUACUACAUCGUCAACCUUGCGGUGGCAGACCUUCUCCUCACCUCCACCGUGCUCCCCUUCUCAGCCAUCUUUGAGAUCCUGGGCUACUGGGCCUUUGGCAGGGUCUUCUGCAACAUCUGGGCGGCGGUGGACGUCCUAUGUUGCACAGCGUCCAUCAUGGGCCUCUGCAUCAUCUCCAUCGACCGAUACAUUGGUGUGAGCUACCCGCUGCGCUACCCCACCAUUGUCACCCAGAGGAGGGGCGUCAGGGCUCUGCUCUGUGUCUGGGCGCUUUCCCUGGUCAUCUCCAUCGGACCCUUGUUUGGCUGGAGGCAGCCAGCACCUGAGGAUGAGACCAUCUGCCAGAUUAAUGAGGAACCUGGCUACGUGCUGUUCUCUGCGCUGGGCUCUUUCUACGUGCCACUGGCCAUCAUCCUGGUUAUGUACUGCCGAGUCUAUGUGGUGGCCAAGAGAGAAAGCCGAGGCCUCAAGUCCGGCCUUAAAACCGACAGGUCGGACUCAGAGCAAGUGACGCUCCGCAUCCACCGGAAAAAUGUCCCGGCAGGAGGCGGUGGGGUGAACGGUGCCAAGAAUAAGACUCACUUCUCCGUGAGGCUGCUCAAGUUUUCCCGAGAGAAGAAAGCCGCCAAGACUCUGGGCAUCGUGGUGGGCUGCUUCGUUCUCUGCUGGCUGCCUUUCUUCCUAGUGAUGCCCAUUGGCUCCUUCUUUCCAGACUUCAAGCCCUCGGAAACUGUUUUCAAAAUCGUAUUUUGGCUUGGGUACCUAAACAGCUGCAUCAAUCCCAUCAUAUACCCAUGCUCCAGCCAGGAGUUCAAGAAAGCCUUUCAGAAUGUGCUGAGAAUCCAGUGUCUGCGCAGAAGGCAAUCCUCUAAGCACGCCCUGGGCUACACCCUGCACCCGCCCAGCCAGGCCCUGGAAGGGCAGCACAGAGACAUGGUGCGUAUCCCCGUGGGCUCAGGAGAGACUUUCUAUAAAAUCUCCAAGACAGAUGGAGUCUGUGAAUGGAAGUUUUUCUCUUCCACGCCCCAUGGAUCGGCCAGGAUUACAAUGCCGAAGGACCAAUCUGCCUGUACCACAGCCCGGGACUUUUAACCGUGAAACCACCUGUAUAUGCACAGUUCCGAAAGAGCCCAGUUGGAUCACUGCACCCGCCCUGGGCCUCCAAACUAUGCUGAGGAGCUGGGCUGAGGCCACGUCUUCCAAAAGCCAUGGCAACAGUAGCCUCUGGCCCUCCAAGUUCCCUGCAAGAUGAAUGAGUGGACAUGACUGUUGUGGGGGCUUACCCAGGAAGCGAGUUAGGAUUUCAGCAUGUGAAGCCGGCCCCUGGCCAAAGGUGCCAUUCAUUGACAGGAUCUCAUUCAUGUUUCCCAGUCCCUAUGGCAUACGAGUGAGCAGAAAAAGAGCCUUCCCUGCUCUCUGCAGGAGAAUGUCAUGUUUCUAACAGCCACUGCUGAACCUACAAAGGCUGUAGGGGUGGCAGGGAGCAUUGAGGGAGGAGAUUGACCAAAGCCUCAGCUCACAGCUGGGAGGGUUAGUCAUGCUUUGCCUCAACUAACAAGAAAGAAACUGUCCCAAAACUGGUGGCUUAUUCAGGAAGGCAAAAUAAUGACCUUUUCUUCCAUGUGGCUUGGGAGUUAUUGCCACACUGUCCCUAUAGCACACUUGGUGCAGUCUCAUUAUAAGCUAGGGUUGAUGAUUGUUGAGCCACGAAAAUAUGGACUUAAUUAGGUGGGGGAAAAAAUCUUAGCACAACUUAGCACUGCACUCAGAGAAAAAAAUACGAUGAAUAUUCUGGUCUAUGAAAUAGGCUGAAUAAAAUAAGUGUAUUUGAAUGUCAUAGAGAAGCAGCUAAGACAGAAAUUCCAACAUGAAUUUGGUGUUUCCGUAUACAUAUACUCACCACAAACUUACCAAACCUUUCUCAGGUCAUCCUUGUGUGGGAUAAGGAAAAGGAAGGAGCUUUUUAUCUACAUUUGGCAUGUGAAGAAAUAGAAGUCAUGAGUUAAGGACUUCUUUGAAUACCCUCGUAUCCAACUUCAUCCACGAUGCUUCCGUGUUCCCCAGUGUCCGCCAUGUAUUUUGACUCUCUGACUUUCAUAGUCCACUUCUUUAGUUCCAGCUCGUAAUUCCAGCUCUGUUCACACUUCUGCCCUCCUGUCCUGGCCAACAACUGGGAAGAAUUGCAGCGCACGGUCACCCGCUCUUGUGCCCUUGGCUAACAGACAGGCAUGUGUCGUUCUGUUCUUUCUCCACAGACAAGCUGCUGCAGACCCAGGGAGUUAGCCAGGGACAGAAGGCUGCUGCUCAAUAGGGUGACAUGUAAGGCAAAGCCAGCUGUGACUGUUACCCUAAGGUCCUCAGGAACACAAAGGUCCCAAAGGGAACCUGUGGGUCAUUGGACACACUUUGAUCAGAAAUCCCAGAUGGUCUCUCUUCACUGCACCAGCCUGGCAUGAAACCAAAGAAAGGUAGAGACAGUCCCCAGUGUACGAGCCAGCAGGGUUCUGAGUUGAGGUGUCCAGAAGUCAAUUAUGUGUUUUUCCAAGAGGCAUUGUUAUAAAUGGGGAGGUGUUCCUAGAGGAACUGAAAAUAAAUAAAUAUCUGUUUAAUGUAUACCAGGAGUUGGCAAACUUUUUCUGUAAAUGGCUAGAUAGUUAACAUUUCAGCCAUGAUUUACUGUAAGUUCUCUGUUUGGGCUCUUUGGUGGGAGGCUAUGGGCAGAGCUUCAAAACUGUGGAUCCAUUUGUAGCCCAAAAGACAGGUGUGGACCAGGUUUAGCCCAUGGGCCACAAUUUUCCAUCCAUGUUCCAUACCACCACUAGAUUGUGGUAUAGAGCCAAUACUACUGAACUGUGGCUGUAGGUGAUCAGCAUGCUUAUAAAAAAAAAAAAUAGGUCACUGAUGUAUCUCCCCUGGACGAAGUCGACGUUCACAGACUGCAUGAGUUGUUGCACAAAGCGGUAAGUCACGUCUUCAUCAUCUCCAGGCAGGCGGUAGGAGCAGAGGGAGGUACAUGCCACUCCCCACAUUGUAUCCUAUGAGCAGGCAGGUCAGCAGAAGCCACAGUGACUCCAGGGGUCUUCCAGGCUUAGAAGACAAUUUCCUCUAUGGCAUCUGUCCAGCUCAGAGCAGCCACUUGCCCAAGGCUGUCCUGAAAUUUCUCCCAGGUCCUCAGAACUCAUCAAAGCAGAGAUUCCCAGAAAGCUUUGGGGCUUCUUGAAGAGGCUUUCUGACCACAGUGCCCUGUGUGAGGACAUUUGGAACCAACAUGGAACUCAUUAGGAAAAGUGACAGGAUACAGAGAGCAUCUUCCAGAAGAUAAAUGGGAACAGAAUUUUCUCUCACGCCUCCCUCCUCCUGUGCCUCCUUUCUUUCUUACUCCUCCUCCCAUUAAAUUGAGCUCACUAAUGGGAUAGAAAUGGCUCCACCAUAAGAACAUUUACUCAGCACUCCCUGAGGGGUGCAAAACCGUGUUUCCUUGAGCUAGCGCUUCAGUGGAGAACCCCCUUCCUUUCCUCUCUAGCCCUCAAGGGUCAGUGAGGAGCAGGGGGCUUCCAGGUGCAAAUAAGGCUCAGAUCACAUGACUCAGUGCAGCAUCUGAGUACUGAGAAAGGAGACUGAGUGACCAGGCUAUGGGUAGGACAGUGGAGGCAGACACAGUUUGGAAAGACCCGGAACUAUUGGCACGAUCCAGUGAAAGCCCCCCUGCUAAUCUGAGAGUGGAAAGGAAGGCACGGGUGGGUGCUGAAUGCCAGCUUCCCUUCCACAUCCUUUCUUCCACCUCUAGUUGUGUCUACACCUUUGGCCCCUUUGCUGAUUCCACCCUACCCCCAUAUACCAACCCUGCAUUCCUGCCAGCUUUGCAGACAAUGAAAAGUAUUUCAUUAGGCCCCUGUCUGCGGGAUAAAGGACAAGUCCCCAAAGCAAUCACAGUAACUCUGGCCAUGAGCCUGGGCCAGGAAAUGAGGCCAGCAAGGGGAGAGUAUCCUCAGGGCCCUGGUGCUUCAGGACCUUGACCCUCACCUUGGAUUUCUGCCUUUCUGUUCUUGGCCAUCCAUCCCAUGUGAAGGGUACAAGCACACUGUGCAGCCGAAUUUCAGAGGAGCUGUGGCUUGGAAUGGUUUCUGGAGUACUUCUAAUCAACCUCUCAUAUAUUGGGCAUCUUUCCCAUGCGUUGGAAGUCAACUUUUAUUCUCCAUCAUCACCUUUUGUCUCUUGUUUUUGUUCUCUCUUUCUUGUGAACUUUCCCUCUUAGGAGUUCCCUGGGGCCUUCAAGGUCUUGAUGAAGCCAUCAAGUCAACUCAGUUCCCCCUUCACAGUGAGCAAUGACUAAUAAUCAGGAGGCAUAUCCUCAGCAGGGCCGUCCACAGGGAUGCUGUUUCUUCCAAGGCUCUGGCCCUUGUUCCUCCCCCACACGCGCUAUCCUGUGUGCUUCUGGAACGUAGGAUUCCCCUUCUCAUGUACCCUGACCUUGAAACAUCUGCCCUGAAGAGUCUUCUCCCACACAAGUAUUCCAGUUUUUGUAGCCCCAUGUUCAUUUCUCAGGCCCAUUUCUGCCCAAUAAUGCAGGCUUGUGUGGUUUCAAUGACAUUCACUGGUGUCCUUACAGUCCUGGAUGCUAGAAAUCCCACAUCAAGGUGUUAGCUGGCUGUCUUGUCUUCAGCCGAUGUUGACUUCCCCCUGAAUUUCUGCGUGGUCUUCUACUUCUUAGAAGAACACUGGUCACAUCAGAUGAUCUGUCCCCAUGAUCUCACUGCACCUUAAUUACCUUUAAAGACUACUUCCAAACACAGUCACAUUGUGAGAAAACAUGAAAUCAAUUGAAAUGGGAAUUUAGGAGGCAUUCAAUUCCACUCAUAUGAUCCCAUAUGCUCUCUCCUUUCUUCCCAUAUGAGAAAAAAAAAUCCAUAAUCCUUUACCUAAACAGGAAGUUCAAAUUCAGUCAUUUCUGUGUAUUCCUCCCCCAAGUUUUUAUGCCAAUUGUCUGUAAAAUGUAUAUUCAGCAACAAAUGAUGAACUUGCUUGGAUCUCCUGGAUGCUUCUUAAAACCUUAGCACUUGGAUUGGGGAUUUAGCUCAGUGGUAGAGCGCUUGCC